AUGGCGAUGAGAAAAUGCCGGCGGGCGACCAAUGAGGAUGGCGUGGAGAUCCUGGAGAGCCUGCAGGACGGCGCGGCCGAGUCUCCGUACGCCUAUAGCAACGGCAUCGACUAUAAGACGACCACUAUCCUGCUGGAUGGACGGCGGGUCAAGCUGGAACUCUGGGACACAUCGGGCCAGGGCAGGUUCUGCACCAUCUUCAGGUCCUACUCCAGGGGCGCGCAGGGGAUCCUCCUGGUGUAUGACAUCACCAACCGCUGGUCCUUUGACGGCAUCGACCGGUGGAUCAAGGAGAUUGAUGAGCAUGCACCCGGGGUCCCCCGGAUCCUGGUUGGGAACCGGCUACACCUGGCCUUCAAGCGGCAAGUUCCAACAGAGCAGGCACGCGCUUACGCAGAGAAGAAUGGCAUGACUUUCUUCGAGGUCAGCCCUCUGUGCAACUUCAAUGUCAUUGAGUCCUUCACGGAGCUGUCCCGCAUCGUGCUUAUGAGGCACGGCAUGGAGAAGAUCUGGAGGCCCAACCGAGUGUUCAGCCUGCAGGACCUGUGCUGCCGGGCCAUCGUCUCCUGCACCCCGGUGCACCUCAUCGACAAGCUCCCGCUGCCAGUCACCAUCAAGAGCCAUCUCAAGUCCUUCUCGAUGGCCAACGGCAUGAACGCCGUCAUGAUGCACGGGCGCUCCUACUCGCUGGCCAGUGGGGCAGGCGGGGGCAGCAGCAAGGGCAACAGUCUCAAGAGGUCCAAGUCCAUCCGCCCCCCGCAGAGCCCACCCCAGAACUGCUCAAGGAGCAACUGCAAGAUCUCCUAG